AUGAAGUCUGCACUGGUACUCUUACUCUCUCUGUUCGCCUUGGUUCAUUGUGAAGACAAAAAAUCUGCACGUUUACAAAUCGGUGUAAAGAAGCGCGUUGACAACUGUGAGAUGAGGUCAAAAAAAGGGGAUACUCUUAGCGUCCACUACGUGGGUACAUUAGAAGACAGUACUGAAUUUGAUAGCAGUAAAACGCGCAAUAAGCCAUUUGUGUUCACUCUUGGCAUGGGUCAGGUUAUUAAGGGAUGGGAUCAAGGAUUACUAAAUAUGUGCGAAGGUGAACAACGUCGGCUUACAAUCCCUUCUGAUCUUGCUUACGGGAGCUCCGGUUCUCCUCCCAAAAUUCCACCUGAUGCAACCUUGAAAUUCGACAUCGAACUGCUCAAGAUCGAACGCGAAAAGGAUUUAUAA